AUGGGGAAUUGUUGUAGAUCUCCGGCGGCCGUAGCCAGGGAGGACGUGAAAUCUAGCUUCUCCGGCCAUGAUCACGCCAAUAAGGAUGCCGUCUCGGGCAAGAGUAAACUGCCGAUUACUGUGUUGUCCGAUGUCGCUAAGGAGAAUAUCGAGGGGAGGACGACGCUGGAUAUCGAGGAUGUGCAGAGGGAAGUGGCGAUUAUGAAGCACUUGCCCCGGAAUUCGAGUAUAGUGAACUUGAAGGAGGCUUGCGAGGACGACAAUUUCGUGCACUUAGUGAUGGAGUUGUGUGAGGGUGGGGAGCUCUUUGAUCGGAUUGUGGCCAGGGAUCAUUAUACGGAACGGGCCGCUGCUUCUGUCACUAGAACUAUUGUGGAAGUUGUCCAGCUCUGCCACAAGCAUGGGGUGAUUCAUAAGGACUUGAAGGACAAAAAUUUCUUGUUCGCGAAUAAGAAAGAGAAUUCGCCUCUCAAGGCCAUUGAUUUUGGCCUGUCUAUUUUCUUCAAGACAGGGGAGAGGUUCUCUGAAAUUGUUGGCAGUCCAUAUUACAUGGCCCCGGAGGUGCUUAAGCGGCACUAUGGGCCUGAAAUUGACAUAUGGAGUGCAGGGGUUAUGCUCUACAUUUUGUUGUGUGGGGUUCCUCCAUUUUGGGCUGAGUCUGAGCAAGGAGUUGCGCAGGCCAUCCUCCGCGGAGUCAUAGAUUUCAAACGGGAUCCUUGGCCAAAUAUUUCUGACAGUGCUAAGAGUUUGGUCAAGGCAAUGUUAGAGCCAGACCCAAAACUUCGGUUAAUCGCAAAGCAAGUUCUUGAGCAUCCAUGGCUGCAAAAUGCCAAAAAAGCUCCAAAUGUUCCGCUCGGAGAUGUUGUCAAAUCAAGGCUUAAACAGUUCUCUAUGAUGAACAGGUUCAAGAGAAAAGCCUUACGGGUGAUUGCGGACUUCUUGUCGGUGGAAGAGGUUGGGGACAUUAAAGAAAUGUUCAAGAAGAUGGACACUGACAAGGACGGUGUUGUCUCAAUUGAAGAACGAAAAGUUGGUCUCCGUAACCAAUCCCAGCUUGCAGAACCAGAAGUUCAAUUGUUGAUACAAGCUGUAGAUACAAAUGGGAAAGGCACGUAG